UUCUGCGUAGGCAGUUUCUGCGUUCAGACGUGAAGGAACGAUGUAAACACCAGAAAAUGCACACAUUGCUUUUAAAUAAUGGGCACGCGUGUCGCGAAACUCUUUGCUCUACUUUGUGUUUUUCUUCUUUAUAGGACUUCGCCUUCAAUUCAUGCAGAGAAACACUCACUGUAUUACAUUUACACGGGUUUAUCCAAACCUGUCUAUCGGCCGGGCAUCUAUCAGUUCACUGCUAUGGCUCUGCUAGAUGACAUACAGAUUGUCUAUUACAAUAGUGAGGAACAGAAGAAGAUUCCCAAACAGACCUGGAUGGAGAAAAUGCGGGAUUACUGGGAAGAAGGCAGAAAGAACAAAAAACAGUGGAUUGAUGAGAAUAUCGACUCUCUGAUGAAAUGCACGAAACAAAAUGAAUCAGAUCUUCAUGUUCUUCAGUGGAGACAUGGUUGUGAAGUUGAUCAGCAGGGAGAUGAAUCAAAACGCAUUAAUGAGUACUGCUAUGAUGGAGAGGACUUUCUGUCUUUCGAUUAUAAAGAGUCCCAGUGGGUCGCCCCACUUGACACUAAUUUAAUAACCAAGUGGAAAUGGAAUAAUGUGCCAAUCUUAAAACAACGCACAGCAGGCUACCUGGAGAAAGAGUGUGUGGACUGGCUCAAGAAAUUCAGAGAAUAUGGAGACAAGGAGCUCGGAAAAGCUUCUCCUCCAGAUGUUCAUGUGUUUGCAAGGAAAUCCAGUGAUGAAACCAAGCUGAAACUCAUCUGUAUGGCCACCGGCUUCUACGCCAAAGACAUGAUGAUGACCAUUAGGAAAUAUCGCACACCUCUACCUGAAAAUGAGAUUAAAUCCACAGAAAUCAGACCAAACCCUAAUGAAACCUUCCAGAUAAAGAACAGUGUGGAGAUUCAGGAGGAUGAAGAAGCAGAAUAUGAUUGUUUUGUGUCCCACAGAACCCUUACAGAACCAAUUAUCAUCAAAUGGGAUGGAAAAUGCCAGAACUGCCCACCAGACACUGUCAUAGUUAUGAUUGCAGCAGGGAUUGGAGGUUUCCUUCUGCUGGCAUUUGUUGCUUUUGUGGUUUACAAACUUUACAUCAUAAAAAAGAAAGGGAUUAAUGUUUCUCCUACAGGACAAGACACUGGUAGUGAAACAUCAGACAGCAGUGCCACAAGCUCAGUGGAGCCCAUUCUCCAAAAGUGUCUACCGAAUAUACACCAAUACAAGUGGCGUCUCUCUCUCCUCUCCAAAGAGCUUGACACGCAUCCGCCUCCGCCUCCGCCUCCUGUCGAUUACUGAAUGUCUGCGUGGGA